AUGGCUUCCGUAAGCUGCCGCAACAUCAGCCGGUUAUUUCAUCGCAUACGGCUUUACAGAAGUUAUACCACAAAUAUUUCAGUAAGUGUAAAUUUAGAUUACCAGGUAAAGAUCAUAUCACCUUCCUAAAGUUUAUCUUUUAUCUCCAAAGCGACAGUUUAUUCAAUGCGGAUUUCGGCAAAGUGCAAGUAGGCUACAAAAUACAGGUCGGUGGUGCGGUGCCUUAAAUUGAUUGAAAAUUUUCGUGUUUCUUGUAUGUUGCACUUGUCUUUAAAUGACUUUACCUUGUAUCUUUAGCGACUAAGAUUCAAGCCACAGGAAUCUUGGGUGGAAAUAGUCAGCGAACGUGAGUGUAGAAUAAUUUUACUAACUAUGAACCCUAAGUUUGACUUAUUUUGCGUGCAUGCACUCUCUAAAUUAGGAUAAACCGAGGCUUGAUAAUCAGUGUAUUAGAUAUAACUUUGUUAUAACAAGGAAACUGCCUCGAGUGAAAAGGCUGUCACUUCAGAUCUUAGUAUUUGAGCGUGUAAAAUAUUGUAGAGGUGUUUAGUGGUAAUGCACUAUUGUACAUAGUCAAAGUCCACUCCUACUUCUGCUGAGAGGGACUGGGCUUUGAUGCUCACAACCGACACAAAUUUUGAUCUGUAAGAAUUCCAUCAAUAUUGUGCUUUAAUCUGUCAAAUUGGAAAUUUGUUUUCCUUUGGCCUUUUGGAAAAUAUCAUACUUGUCGCCCCCAUUUCCGCAUAUGGCUUUGUCAAGGAAAGUGCUGGUCUCUUUUUGUUGCACUAUUUUUGGGACAAGGUCAUAAGUCAACUUAUUUUAAUGCCCCUGCAUUGGCUGCCAAAAGAAUAGGCAAAUUUUGGUCAUGGCCAAUCGAUUCCUUAAAAUUUUUUUGUGUCUAUAUCUUAUAUCCACAGGCUACUUGGUUGGAAGGAAUACAAAUACUUUCAUUCAUCCUCAAACCUUUGUAAGUGUUGUUAGAAAACUGUUCUUAUGUAUAUGUGCACAGGAAGGUAAAAUUUCUUGAAAAAUGUUACAAUGAUUUAAGAGUCCAGCCUCUUGAACGAGUUGUACCCUAUUUAGCAAUAAUUGUACCUAACAUCUGCAUGCAUAUUUUUCCACACUGUUCUCCAUAUAUUUCCUUAGGUGCUGACUAGGAGAUUUUUUUUAACAAUGAAGAGCUUUUUUAGAUGGUGAUCAUUCCUUUUUUCUUGUGGCCUCAGUGUGUGUGAUUCAGCAGUGAUAUUGUAAGGAGAAUUUAGAUUCCAGUCACUUGUAGGAGUCAUUGUGUUAGUGAGCACUAUUCCCUAGUCUUCUACUAAAAUUUUUUGUUUCAUUUGUAGAAAAUGGUGUUAUUCUACUAGUUACUUUGGUACUCAGGAUGUAUAAGUAGCUGGCUCCAUAGAAUUAUCAGGCAGGAAGUUGAAUUGUUUUUAUUUUUUUGUUUGGUGAAAUUCUUACAGACUCUGAGAACUACAUAAUAGUGAAUACACCACCAUUUGCCGAGUCAGUUACGGAGGGAGAUGUCAGAUGGGAUAAAGGUAUGUCAUAGAAAGUGAGGUGUGAUUUGUGAUUACAUGGCACUGCUUAAAGCCAAUCAGAUUGCAAGGAUCAUUCAUUUGGUGAUUUCAAAAUGGAUAUAAAAAGAAUAAGUAUUUCAUGGAUCUCUUUUUUGACAGCUGUUGGAGAUACUGUUGCUGAAGAUGAGGUUGUUGGAGAAAUUGAAACAGACAAGGUAAAGUAAUGUGGAAAUAUGAUUAUAAUGUAAACAUACAAUAAUAUUCUUGUAGUUGUAGAGUGUAACAUAUAAAUCAGCCAAACAAGCAGGCCAGUAAUUAGCAAGCACUGAACCUACUGUACCUUCUACUAAAAACAAAAAAAAACAUACAAUAGUGAAUAAACAAUCAAACAAAUGUAACAUUUUUCACUGGCAUGUGAUUUAUGUUAAAGAGGGCAGGUUUUUCCAAUAGAACAUUUUACCAACCACUGCUCAGCUGACUAGACAUCACCAGACCUCUUGGAGUGAGUUUCAAGUUUAAAUUGUAAUGUUAAAUCACAUUUUCCCUUUGAUUUAAGACCAGUAUACCGGUAAGUGCCCCCUCAGCUGGAACAAUUGCAGAGUUCUUUGUCAAUGAUGGUGAUAAAGUGGAGAAAGGUCAACAGCUGUUUAAACUUGCUCUUACAGGUAUAAGUUCUACUCUUAAAUUUCCUUAUCUUACAAUCCAUUGGGUGAGAGCUGUUUGUAGUCAAUUUGCUUGAGAAACUAAACAUGUUGGCUAGCCCAUUUUGUUUAGAGGAGAUGUUGUCCUCCUAAGACCAAGAGUAUUAGUAGCAUCAGAAUGUAAUGAUUAACCACACUGUUUUGGAGUUAACUUUUUUACUAGUAAAUUUACUUGAAAUCUAAUUCCAGGGGAUGCCCCUCCAAAGGAGACAACAACAGAAAGUAAGCCUGCAGCUGAGAGUCCAGCACCAGCAAAGGAGAUUCCAAAAGAGGAACCAUCUGCACCAGCUUUUAAGAUCCCUACCACUCCUCCCCCAGGUACAAACACUGUAGGCUUCCUUUGCGAGAAGUGACUAGCUUAUAACUCAUCAAAAUUGUAAUAGAUUUUCUAGCUUACCAGCAGGUGAAGAGAGUAGACAAAGUUAUCAAGUAUUGGGUAAAGUCUUGAUAUGACACUCAAUUCUUGAGAAUAAUUGGCAAGAAAUGUGUAGCAACUGCUGUAAAAGGGAAGUAAUUAUUGCUAAGUAGAUCUAGCAAGUUGAAAGUUCAAAAGGACAUCUCAUGUCAAUGAGCAGGGUUCAAUCAGAUGAGAGGCUUAUUUCCUUAAUAAAUAAUGUUGCAAUUGAAAGAUUAUGUGUGCAACCACAUAAAGUUAAAUAUUAGGCAGCUUGUUGUAUUACCCAGGGUAACCUUCUGACUAAAAUGUUUGAUUUCUUCUUGGCUAACCGCACACUAAAAACAAAUUGCUUUUUUUCAUCUGAGAGCUCUGUGACUGAAUGCUUCCAGUAAAGAGUAGGUUAUAGACUAAUUGUCGAACUGCAAGUUUUCUUGUCCUUUUGCAAUUUCAGCUCCUGCAGUACCAACCCAACCAAUUGCAGAAAUCAAACCUGGCCCCCCCUACCCCUGCCCCUCCCCCACAGCCAACAGAUGCUCUUCCAGUGGACAUUCUACCCAAAGGAGCCCGCUCUCAACAUAAGGUAUCAUAGUUAAACUUUGAACUUGUAUUGGGUGCCUCCUUAUAAGCUAGUACCCUAUUUUUUUUUUUUUUCUUUUGGUACCAAAAAUUUGGAAACCCCAACACAUCCCUUUCAGUGCCCUGUCGUCAGAUUUAACCAUUAAACCUCUAAGAGGGAUAAGCAUUUUAUUUAUCCUUGCAAUAUCACCCUGAAUCAAGUAUUAAGGUCACAAGAAUAAGGGAAAUGAUCACUUAUUAAAGAAGCUUUUGAUUGUCAAACAGAUUACUUAAUAUGCAUACUGAUGUUAGGGUGUAAAGGGUUUUAAGACUUUUUUGGAUUUGAAGCUUGUAUCUCAAGGGAAUGUUGAAAGAGAGGGGAAUAGGGGUGCUUAUAGAGUAAUUAAACUGAGUUUUUCACAAAUUUGUUUGCAUGUAGGCAAGGAUGACAAGAAUGCGUCAGAGGAUUGCUCAGAGACUUAAAGAUUCACAGAACACUUAUGCCAUGUUAACAACAUUUAAUGAAGUCGAUAUGAGGUUGGUAGAUAUAUUUUCUAUGGCUGCUGCAGUACCAAAUAAAUGUCAUCAAUUGAUAAUUGGUCGUUAUCUUUUUUCCCCAUGCUGAAAUAUCACUAAACAGCAACUUAACAGGCUAAUUAUAUUCCCAUCUUUGACUUACAGUGUUGUCAUUAAUAACUUUUCACUUUUCAUGUAGUUUAGAAACAAUGCGUCAUAUUUGUUUCCAUUCUUUUGCUUGUUUGCUCUUUCCUUUCCUCCAGUCAUGUCUCUGAGAUGCGGAAAAAGCACAAAGAUGCAUUUUUUAAGAAGCAUGGUGUCAAACUGGGAUUCAUGUCUGCCUUUAUCAAAGCAUCCGCUCAUGCCUUGCAGAGUGAGCCAACAGUGAAUGCUGGUCAGUUGGUUAUCUGAUUCUCCAGUCUACCUUCUUGUUUAUUCAGUUUAUCGUGUAUUGUAAACAAUAGUCCCACAAGUGCACAUUGAAUAUGAGAUGAUAGAAAGCCAACGAGGCCCAUAGGGCUGUGUUAGAUAUUUAUCCUCUUAUAUCCAACAAGGGUAUAUACAUUUUCCUAACUUUACUUUAUUUUGUAAGAACUAACAGCAUGUUACAAUGUACAAAAACACUUCCAGUUUAACUUGUCUUUAUGCAUGCAGAUGGUUUUGUGGCUUAUAACCCAUGAUAGCUAAGCCAAUAAAAACUCUGGAAUUGCAUUAUCCAAUGAUCCAAUUUUUGAUAGAAGGAAGUAUAGCAUGAGCCAGAAUUGGACUAGGAUUCUGACAGCUCUUUAAGCAAUUUUUACUGAUAUUUUCACUUAGAAAUUAUUACUGGAACAGUUUAACCCUUGAACUCCAAUGAGUGACCAAGACAGAAUUUCUCCUUAAUAAUUGUCAGUACAAUAUCAAGCAGACAAGUGACGAGAAUAAAGAAAAGUAACAAUAAGAGGAUUAUUAGUUGAUCCAACACCAAUUUCCCUAAACAAAUAUCAUAAGAAUUGUAUGACAGACAGUAAGGAGAAUUACUAAUGAGAUCUCUAUUGUGAGAUGUUAUGAGAUCUUGCGAGUUAAAAGGUUAACUGAUGAGAAGGAUAGUGAGAACUUUGCAUGCUGGGUAAUCAUGGUCUUCUUAUCAUUUUUCUUGUAGUGAUUGAAAACAACGAGAUUGUAUACAGAGAUUAUGUGGACAUAAGUGUUGCAGUGGCCACGCCUAAGGUCUGUAUAACUUCUGGAAAAGGCAUUUUAUUUACCUUGCAUUGUGUUUAACUUGAAACAAAAGCGCUACAGCAGGCUGCAUGUGUUAAUUCAUCAAAUUUGAUUGAUUGAAAUUCAAGCAAAAUUACUGAAGGGCAAGAGACUUAGGAAACUUGAAAGCAGCGAUGCUUUUAUUUUACUCUCUUACAGGGACUUGUUGUGCCAGUAAUUAGAAACGUAGAAGAAAUGAACUACGCCGACAUCGAAAAAGCGAUCAAUGCAAUGGGAGAGAAGGUACAUAUAUGUGUUAUUCUUAGAAGCACCUACUUAUCACGUCCCUUCCUACUGGAACAUUAGGCCACGUUCAGUACCAGUCAUGCAAUCCUGAGCUGUGUUUCUUCCUGUACAUCACCGCUUCCUUCCUUCCAUCCUACCUUCUUUUCAUGCUUUUUCUUUCUCAAACAGGUAUUGUGAGCACAUAAUUAUGGAAGCUAUGGCUCGCUCGACCAAUUCUGACCUGUUCGGUUUCUUGAGGCUUGUGUCCAUCUCUUCGCGCACUUAAUUUUAAUGAACCGUGUGUAUUAAUCAGUUCCGGUUUCCCCUCCACUAUUGACAUCGUAUUUUUCUAACAAGCCAAAGCUUUUACAAUGCGUUUAAGAAUCACGAAACCAUCAUUUGAGAAGCAGUUCAUUCCGUCUCCGAAAAUCAGAGGCUCUGACAUGCUAUUUUUCAAUAAACUUGAGGUCCGAAUCAAAAGAACAUAGCUGCAUCCCUUUAUUUUUUGUCUCCAGGCACGAGCAAACGAACUGGCAAUCGAAGACAUGGACGGAGGAACAUUCACCAUCUCUAAUGGCGGAGUAUUUGGUUCCAUGAUGGGCACACCCAUUAUUAACCCGCCCCAGUCUGCCAUCCUGGGCAUGCACGCCAUUGUUGACAGACCGGUGGCUAUAAAUGGAAAGGUUAGUGGCCUGGUAAUCAAUCUGUAAUGAAAACUGAUCAGAUUUAUCAGCUUACAUUCUGUUAACUUUUUUCGCCAACGGAAGUUCAGCGUUUCUUUAGAAAUUAUCGGCCACCACAUUGAAAAGGAGCCUCUAUCUUUCAAAUAAACCCUCAGGAAAAAGACAAGUUAGUCUGUAUCCUUAUAUUUAUUGAGCGCCCCAGGAAUUGGAAGGGGGGGGUCACUUGGAUACGAAAAAAAGAUUAUAGAAAAAUAUCAUUUAUUUGUUUUACAGCUCUCUCUUGAAGUGAAGUGAAGAGAAAGAUAUGUGGUAACGGUAACUUGUAGACGUACCACGUAUGGCGCUUGUGGGUUGUAUAUUCCUAUUUGGGGUACUCUGCCCAGAAUUCGAUUAAACCUUUCACUCCCACGAGUAAUCCAAGGAGACACUCUCUUUGCUGUAUCACUAGAGGGAAAGUUAUUAGAAACGCAUGGCAGAAAGUGUGGAGAAUUGACCUUUGGGUUGUAUUUCAGGUUGAGAUUCGUCCCAUGAUGUACUUAGCCCUCACUUAUGACCAUCGUUUGAUAGACGGCAGAGAAGCAGUAACAUUCCUUAGGAAGAUCAGAGCUUCGGUAGAAGAUCCUCACACGUUACUGUUGGACUUGUGAUCUCCUGGCUGAUUAUGCUAAGAAAUUUAUAGUGGACUGGACACUUAUCAGUUUUAGUCGAUGUCAAGUUUAUGGCCAGCCUUGGUCAGAGAAAUGUUUAUGAAUGUCGGUAUUGUCACCUGUACUCGAUGUGAAAGAAAAGAGUCAGUUAUUAAUGGGGUUUUUAAAUUGAUAUUCAUUAUUCAGUGCGACUGUUCCAUUAAGUCAAACUCACCUGUUUUUGGACUUAUUGUCACGAAAAAUACAUCCGUGUUUUUUUUUAAGUUUUCACUGCAGCCAUUACAUUUGUCUCGUGGCGCAACGCGCUCUCUCCCCCAGGCGGGGAAGAGAGC